GAGUCGGUGUUGACCAAUUCUUUUGAAUUUGGUAGCCAAAUUCAUAGGGUUCUUGCAUCGACCAUAAAAAGGCCAUGAUUUUCGCAUCGCAUUCACACAUAUAAACGUGUUGCCACAUUCAGUUUUGCUCCGCAUCCUUCUUCUUCUACUUUCCUUCGAAGCGGAGCCUGUUUCUUGUUUGUUUCUCUCUCCGUUCAAAUUUCUCUUUUCUGCAACUUCUCUUCUCACCAUGGCCGCCAACAGAUGGUUGAAACCUGAGGUAUACCCACUCUUCGCUGCUGUUGGUGUAGCUGUUGGGAUCUGCGGUAUGCAACUUGUCAGGAAUAUAACCACCAAUCCUGAAGUCAGGGUGACCAAGAGCAACAGAGCUGCAGGAGUUCUUGAUAACUUUGAGGAGGGAGAGAAAUAUUCACAACAUGGUCUGAGGAAGUAUGUUCGUGGGAGGACCCCUCAGAUCAUGCCAUCUGUCAACAACUUUUUCUCUGACCCAUCAAACUAAA